AUGACCACACAUAAUGAGCUGCAUAAGAUGCACGGUAUGUUGAUAAAGCCCUUUCACGCUCCCGAGGGAGUUUGCUUCCCCUCGGAUAGUCUUGGAGCUAAACAUCUCCUUCUCUGCCAGCGUCAGAGUGAGAAAUCGUUGUAUUUGGAGGUGAACGCGAUCUUCGCGGAGUUUGCUGGAUAUUUCCAUCGCUUCGUUUAUGAGAACUAG